AUGGACAUUUAUCAGCUAGAAAAAGAUAGGAAGGAACGGAGUUCCAGGACUCUGGUAGGACAGAGACUGUUCAGAAGCUUGACAGUUUUGAGACAAACGCUACUUGGAAAGUGGAGAUUGGGAAGACUGUGGUUUGAGACCAACGCAGCACCUCCUGCUUCUUCCCAUACAUGGUGUAAAACAGUCUUGGCUCUGAUUCUCCUGUGCCUUCUGCUGUUCAUUGGACUGGGAGUCUUGGGAAGCAUGUAUUAUAAACUGCAAAAUACCAAAGAAGAGCUUCAGAGAAAUGUUUCCCUACAACUGAUGGAUAACAUAAAUAGCUCUGAAAAGAUCAGAAGCCUCUCUAUCACAUUGCAAAAAUUAGCCACCAAAUUGUGUCAUAAACUCUAUAAUGAAGAACCAGAGCACCAAUGUAAACCUUGUCCAAAGAGCUGGACGUGGCACAAGGAUAGCUGCUAUUACAAGCAUGAUAGGUAUGCAACGUGGAUAGAUGGCAACACGUUAUGUUCUGCUGAGAAUGGCAGCCUGUUGAAGAUUAAGAACAACAAUAUAUUGGAAUUUGUAAAAUCAAAAGAGUUAUACAACUAUUGGCUGGGAUUAUCUCCCAGAAAAAAGGCCAUAGACACUAAGAGAGUAGAUGAGAACAUUAUCUCCUCUGAUUGGUUUGAAGGAAACACAAAUGUCUUAAAUAUGACGUAUUGUGGAUAUAUACAUAAACUGUAUGUAUAUUAUGACGACUGCACUCUAAAGAAAAACAUCUUAUGUGAGAAGAAAGCCAAUUCAGUGAAGGCUGAAAGUAUGCUAAUGAGUGAAGUUCAAGAUGAAAGAGUGUAGUUAGUGCAAUUGUUUUGCUCCAGAUAAUAUCCCACAAUUGGAAUGAACUUCAGAAAGCAUACAUUUCAUGUAUCACAAAAUAAUAUGACUAAAUUUCUGCCUCUUCUAACAUUUACGUCUCUCUCUCCUCAUUUGCAGAAUGUAAAGAAGCUAAGUCACACCUUAUCAUCUACAUACAAUCCAGAUACAUGUUCAGCAUAAAAACAUAAGUUCUGGGGGUACAAGAAUUUGAAGAUAACUUUUCCUGCUUUUCAAAAGAUAAAUCAGGCCAAUAACGACCUUGUAGAGAAACCAGAGAAAAUUAAAUCUGGGAAUAUAUAAAAAGAAAAAUACAAUAUGACCAACAUGGAUUUAUUUUAGUAAAACAGUUUCAUUAAAAUCUUAAAAAAUUAGAGAGAAAAAUAUAUCAUUUCAAUAGAUGUAGAAAAAAUUUGAUGCUAUUUAAUACCCAAACAUAACAAAAACUUCUAAUAAAACUAGAAAUUUCCCUAAUAUAUGAAGAAUUUUGACAUAAAGCAACAAAUAAAAAAACCUUAAGGUUAUAGUUAACAGUUAACAUCAUACUACUAGCAAAAGAAUGAAUGUUUUUCCUUUCAGCUCUAGAACAAGGUGAUGGUGAUCCUUAUUGAUCACUCUAUUUAACAACUAUUAUUGUCUAUUAGAGUUCCUAGCAGUGAAACAAGGCAAGAAAAAUGGAUAAAGAAGAAACAAAACAUUUUUAUUUGUAUAUAAUAUAAUUAUGUAU